CACAUGAUGAAAAGCUUGCAUCAGAUAUCUGUUAUAAAGAAAUAAGACCACAGAUUCCGAACGCAUUUGCACCAAAGUGUUUUAGGGAUUUGGUGCAACGUUGUUGCCACCCGAACCCAUUAAAAAGACCUAAGGCGAAACAUUUGAAGUAUAUUCUUGAUCAUUGGUAUCAGUGUGCAAAUGGAACUUUGAGUCAUAAUUCUAAGUGUAUGAAGAUUAUGAAUGAGUUUUUAAGAGCUGAUGAACAAAUUAGUAUGUUGCUUCAGGAAGAAGAGAUGUUUGAGCAAAGGGUGGAAAUGGAGAAAUUCACAAGUAGAUUAUUGGAUUUUAAGUUGAAUAGUGGUUCUACUACUGAGAUAACUACUUUAACUGAAAUCGAGGAUAAUUUGAAAAUGAAACAAUAA